ACUCAACCCUGCUGUGCACACAAACAUACUUACUUAUCCACACACACUGAGCUGCACAUACACAUACACAAACAUAUAGAUACACAUUCACUCACAGUAUGGAGGACAGUCUGCUGCUUGGUGUGGAGGGGAUCAAAAAAACCAUCCUGUAUGGAGGAACCAAUGAGAUUCCCAAAUUCAACACAGGAUCAAAGGUAACCUUCCACUUCCGGACCAUGCUGUGUAAUGAUGACCGAACGGUGCUAGAUGACAGUAAGAAGGUAGGCGUGCCCAUGGAAGUGGUGUUCGGAAAUAUGUUCAAGCUGGACGUGUGGGAGACCCUGCUCAAGUCCAUGCGUAUUGGAGAAGUGGCUGAGUUCUGGUGUGACAUCAUUCACACUGGCAUGUACCCCAUCGUGGCAAAGAGUCUACGACGCAUUGCAGAGGGCAAAGAUCCAGUGGACUGGCACAUCCACACCUGUGGCAUGGCAAACAUGUUCGCUUAUCACACACUGGGCUACGAUGACCUGGACGAGCUCCAAAAAGAACCUCAGCCUCUCAUAUUUGUGCUUGAACUGCUAAAGGUGCAGCAGCCGAGUGAGUAUGACAGGGAGUCAUGGGCUCUGAGUGAUGAGGAGAAGCUGAAGGCGGUGCCUGUGCUCCACGGCCAGGGCAACAAACUCUACAAACUGGGCCGCAUUGAGGAGGCCAUGAACAAGUACAAAGAGGGCCUCAUCUGUGUCAGGAAUGUUCAGUCAAAGGAGAAGGCCUGGGAAGCUCCAUGGUUGAAGCUGGAGAAGAUGGCCAACACUCUCACACUCAACUACUGCCAGUGUCUGCUGCGUUUAGAGGAGUACUACGAGGUCAUCGAGCACACCAGUGACAUCAUCAACCAACAUCCUGGGGCCAUCAAAGCCUUCUAUCUGCGGGGGAAAGCACACAUGGAGGUGUGGAACGAAGCAGAAGCCAAAGCUGACUUUGAGAGGGUGCUGGAUCUGGACCCGGGCAUGAAGAAAUCAGUCAGGAAGGAGCUAGCUGUCCUCAGCAUGCGUAUGGAGGAGAAGAGAGAGGAGGACAGACUGAGGUACAAGGGUAUGUUCACAGAUACAGCAGCAGGGCAAACAGCUCCAGCACAAACACCAGAAGAGAUGACCCCAGAACAAGAAACCCCAGAACAAGAAAUACCAGAGCAGAUAACUCCAGAAGAAGCAAUUCUAGAACAAGCACCUCCAGAACAAGAAAUGCCAGAGCUAACCCCAGAAGAAGCAAUUCUAGAACAAGCACCUCCAGAACAAGAAAUGCCAGAGCAAAUAACCCCAGAAGAAGCAAUUCUAGAACAAGCACCUCCAGAACAAGAAAUGCCAGAGCAGAUAAUUCCAGAGGAUACAAUUCUAGAACAAGCACCUCCAGAACAAACAGCUACAGAACAAGCCUUUCUAGAACCAGAAUCUCCAGAACCAGCGACUCCAGCACAAACAACUGUAGAAGAAACAACACCAGAAGAAACGAUGCCAGAACCAGAGACGUUUAUGUGAUGCUGAAGAACCUUGAAGGCACAGAGAAAACAUGUCUGGCAAAGGAAACAAAGACCCAUUUGCCAAAAUGUUACCUUUGCAUAGUUUAUCAGCAUUAGGAUUUACCAAUGAGACUGCUUAACCUUUUAAAUAGCCAGGGCCCACCAGUGGGCCCGA